AUGGAUUUUGAUGCUAAGUAUAAGCAAAAUUUUUCUUCAUCUCUACCCUUAUUUUUCAAUGAAACAAACUCGAAAUCGCGAGACGAAAGGGUGUUCUUAGAAGGGGCAUCUUGCUAUGAUCUCCAAGAGUUUCAUCAUGUUGAGAAUUUUAAUAUGAAUCUAAUUGUAUCAUCCUCUAACACAAAUUUAAACCCUUUGUUUGAGAUUCAACAAAAUGAUUUAGACUCUUAUGAAAAUUCCCCAUUUGGGUUAUUUCCAAAUUAUGAUUUUUAUGAGACUAAACCAUUUGUUGAUCAUGUUACAAAUGAUGGUGGUUUAGUGCCUUUGUUGGAGAAUUUUAAUCAAAAUGGAGGAAAUUUAGGCAAUUCUCACAUGAUAAAUCAAGGUUCUCAAAGCUAUAAUAACCCUUUUAAUUAUUGUGAUUAUGGGUUUAGGCCCUCCGAUGAGGACUCAAGUGUAACCCCUAAAACUACGGUAAGGAAACAAAGAAGGAGCCGCAAGAAGACUAGUGUAGUCAAGGGCCAAUGGACUACCGAAGAAGAUAGGCUCUUGAAUCAAUUGGUGGAACGUCAUGGUGUAAGAAAAUGGUCUCAAAUUGCUCAAUUGCUGAAUGGAAGGAUUGGAAAGCAAUGCAGAGAACGAUGGCAUAAUCAUUUAAGGCCUGAUAUUAAGAAAGAUGUGUGGACUGAAGAGGAAGACAGGAUUCUCAUCAAAGCCCAUGCAGAAAUAGGCAACAAAUGGGCUGAAAUUGCAAAGAAACUUCCAGGAAGAACAGAAAACUCCAUUAAAAACCAUUGGAAUGCUACCAAAAGAAGACAAUUUUCCAAGAGAAAAUGCAGAACAAAGUACCCAAGAAAAAGUUCUCUCUUAGAAGAAUACAUCAAGAGUUUAACUCCUGAAACAAUCAAUGCUGGUUGUAGGAAAAAACCGACUUCUUCGAUGAAAAAUGAAGCAAAUUCAUCGAAACAACAAAUCGAAUCCUCGAAUUCGAGCUCAAGUGAUCAAGUAAGGCUAGAACAUGAUUUUGGGGAGGUUCCCGAUUUUGAUUUUAAUGCCCAAAUGUUUGAAGAAGGUAGUUUAGAUUCUAUACUUGAUUGUUAUGAUGAUCCACAACAUGGGCAUAAGCUUAACGAGGUUAUGAAUCAUCCCCAUGAUAGUUUGAGUUCAUUGAGGCAAUUUGGUGAGAAAAGGGAGCUUGAUUUGAUGGAAAUGAUUAAUCAAGUUAAUAUCUAA